AUGAUCAGCACACUGGUUGGCAAAUCAGCAAAUUACCCGAAUCAUCAAAAUGGCCAACUCACAUUAAUAGCAUAUAAAGAUGCUAUUCAAACCUUAAAAAACAAUUUAAUCUGUGAUAGUAACAGUGGUGAUGAAUGGUUUAUUGAUGAAUUUGUUGGAUAUCCGGACGAAUUGGAAAUGGUCUACAGAAAGCCAAUACUACUUGGCAAAUCAAACACCAGCUCUUUAUUAACAAGUGAAUCUUUAUUGUCGGGUGAAAUUUUAGCAGAGUAUCGUGUAGUUUUCAGCCAUAGUUAUCAAGUGCCUGUUCUUUUAAUGCGUUUCCAGACAAAAAGUGGCCGUUCAUUACAUCAUGACAAACUAUGGAGUGAAAAUUUCCGUUCAUCUGUGUUUCCUCUUUCUGAAGUACCACUACCCCUACAUGCCCUUAGUGAAAUCGAACAUCCACACCUCGGAAUUCCGUUUUAUGAGUUCCAUCCUUGUAAAACUGCUGAUCUCAUGAAGGAAGUAUUUUAUUCGCAGCCUACUCAACUUAAUGAUCCGGUGAAAUACAUGAUUAUGUGGUUAAGUUUAAUCGCUUCUCCAUUUGGACUUCAUCUUCCACAAAAAUCGUUACUAACGUAA